AUGACCGAACCAGCAGCGAAAGCAGACAAUAUCGUGGAGUCCGGAAUUGUCUCCCACCAGGAGCAUUUCUACGAUGACGAACAUUACCACACCUUAGGCCACGUCCGCCUUCGCGAUGCGACUACUCAACGAAUCAUCCUCAUACCAGCCCCAUCUCUUGAUCCUAACGAUCCUUUGAAGUGGAAACAAUCGUACAAAAUCGCUAUCGCCAUUCUUGUUGCUAUCGCCAUGAUCAUGUGCAACUUCAUGGCUGCGGGGCCAACAGUGACAAUGCUAAGCGUUGCAGAAUCAUUCAACACAACCCCUGCACAUGCUGCAUUCUUCUUCAAUAACAGCGCUCUGGCACAAGGCGUCGGAAAUCUUUUUUGGGUUCCAAUAAUGUUGAAGUAUGGACGUCGCCCCGUCUACAUUGUCAGCUUCACGAUUUACCUAUUCAUGAUCAUCGGCUCUGGUGCUUCAAAAACCUAUGGUGCAGAGAUCGUUACUAGGCUAUUUCUUGGCUUUGCUGGCGGUGCUGGUGAGUGCUUGGCGCCUUUGACUAUUACAGACAUUUUCUAUCUUCAUGAACGGGGCUUAUACAUGGCUGCUUACAAUGCUGCGCUGUCGGGUGGCGUUGCUUUUGGAUCCGUUAUUUCUGGGUUGGUUGUAAUCAAUUACACCUGGAGAACGAUAUAUUGGGUGGGUGCAGCCUUAGUCGGGGCUACCCUGCUGGUUGUGAUCUUUUCAUUCCCUGAGACUGCAUUUGAGAGAUACAACAACCCCCUUGUGGUUUCUCCGGAUCAAGCAGCAGUUAUCGCCGAAGGGCGAGAAAAGGAAUUAGUCGAAGCCAACAGCACACUAUCGAUUCCAUCCAAACGUUCUUACUGGCAGGAUCUCAAGCCUUGGGACGGGCGCAAAUACACGGACGAGGCACUAUGGAGGAUGAUGGUUCGACCCCUUGGUCUCAUUAUUUUACCUCCUGUGUUCUGGGCAACAAUUGUUAUGUCGGUGACCAUUGGAUUUUUGGUGGCUAUUUCUUCCAACAUUGGCAGUGCAUUUAAUACUGCAUACGGUUUUGAACCAUGGCAAGUUGGACUGUGCUUUAUUGGAAAUCUGCUCGGCUGUGCUUUUGGAAUUGUGCUUGGUGGGCCAUUCUCAGACUGGAUUGCCGACUAUUUCACAAAGCGCAAUGGCGGUAUCCGAGAACCAGAAAUGCGUCUCCCAGCUAUCAUCCUCACCAUCAUAGCCUCUCCAUUGUCCCUUGUUCUCUAUGGUGUGGGUAUUCAAAAUAAGCUACACUGGAUGGUUCCAACACUUGGCCUAUUCUUCAAUGCUUUUGCCGUUGUGCAAGGAACCAACGUUUCCUUCACUUAUUGCAUCGAUGCUUACCGUCCUAUUGCUGGCGAAGUUACAGUUACUCAGCUCGCAUUUAAAUCUUGCUUUGGCUUUUUGCUUUCAUUUUACACCAAUGUCUGGGUCGAGAAAGGCUACGCUUUAGCUUACGGUGAAAUGGCUGCCAUUUCCGGUGGAUGUUUAUUGUUCUCAAUUCCCAUGUACUUCUGGGGUAAGCAGAUCAGAAUUGCCUCAAUGAAAUGGAAAGUGGUUCAGUUCAUUAAUUGGGAUGAUGAUCGUGAAGUUGGUGAAUAA